AUGGCCGCUACAGGCAAGAAAUCAAAGAAGGCAAAAUGGAUCAAAGCCAACAUGGGUGUCAUCAUUGCGGAGCCGACGACGAUAUCCACGACAAACAAUUGGGCCGAUUCUAUAGAUGAUGAAACGGAAAGCUUUAAUUAUUCCUCGCGGCCCCGCGCGCCGGUGGUUCUGCCAUCGGCGUCGCGAGCUGCACGCGGUGGAAUGGCCGUCGACGAGGAUAGCAUUCCAAGGCGCCCCCCUUACAUCGCCCACAUUUCGAACUUGCCCUAUGAUAUGGAGGAGAGUGCCAUUGCUGACCUGUUUGAGGGCCUUAAGAUUACCAACUUGAGACUUCCACGAGAGGGUGGGCGUCUAAAAGGUUAUGGUUAUGUGGACUUUGAAGACAGAGAAAGUCUUAUUAGUGCAAUGAAUAUUGAAGAUCUGACUGUUGGAGGCAGAAGAAUAAGAAUAGAAGUCUCCAAUAAUGAUAAUGACCGCCGUAUGGGCAGAAGCGGGCGAUCUGAUCGCGACAGGGACUAUGACCCGGAGCGAACCAUGGGUGAUUGGCGAGCUGGUCCGCGCGCAGCGCCCGAGCCUCAGGCCCGCGCCCGUCCAAUGGACCGAGAGCGGGAACGCGAGAGAGACUCGAGCACUGACAACAAGCCUGGUGGAUGGCGCGAUGGCGAUCGGCCUGCGCCCGCGGAACCAGCUAGGACUCCGUACGGCGGCCGCGACUCUUUCGGACGGGACCGUUACGGAGAUGAACGUGGAAGAGAACGAGGAGGUUUCAGCCGGGAUGGCGAGCGCGGUGGCUACGCAGGCCGUGAGGGUUUCAGAUCUGAGCGUGACGGAUUCGGGAGCCGUGAUGGAAGGGGAUUCGGUGGAAGAGGGUUUGGUGAUCGCGAUCGUGACCUGAGAGAAGACACGAAACCUCGUGAGCGUCCGAAACUAAUUCUGCUACCGCGGACUGUCCCGCGUGAUCCCGAAGUACCCACCAAACCAGCAGAUGGUGUUAUAGAAGACAAACCAGAAAAACCCAAACCUGUCCCGGCGGAAAAGGUGUUUGGUGCUGCAAAACCUGUGGACACAGCUGCCAAGGAGCGCGAAAUUGAGGAGCGUCUUCGUAAACAAGAAGAGGAGGCCAGACGCGCUGCUGAGGAGAAAGAACGUUGGGGCAGCCGUAGGAAUGAUCAUUCUGGUGACCGUCGUGGCGGUGCGAGACGUGAGGAACGCGGUAGAGACUCACGCAGCUACAACAGGGACCGGCGUGAUUAUUCGAAAGACAAUAGAGAACGCCGCGACUAUUCAAAGGACGAUAGAGAGCGGCGUGAAUAUUCAAAGGACGAAAGAGACCGGCGCGACUAUUCAAAAGACGACAGAGAUCGGCGCGACACGUCGCGCGAGAGGCGCGACUACUCCAGGGAGGAUCGCCGCGAGCGAGACGACAAUAGGGACAGGCGCGAUUCCCGCGACGACAGGGAUUACAGGGACGGCGACAGGGACAGCCGCGAUUACAGGGACGAUAGGCAGCCGCGCGAUUACAGGGACGAGCGCGACAGGCGCGACCGGAGCCGCGAACGGAGCCGCGAACGCGAGCCCGACCGCAGGGACCACUCGGGCGACAGGGGCCGAGACCGGGAGCGGGAGGAGCGCCCCCGCAGCGAGGGACCCAGGGAGCCCUCCCCGGAGGCGAACGGCUCGCGUGACAGGCUGAGCGGCUCGCGCGACAGGGUGAGCCGCUCGCGCGAGCGCCACGACGAGCGCGACGAGAAGCCCCUACCCAAACUGAAGGAACAGGAGAAACCGAACUUUGUAGCAUCAAAUAAAUUCAGCUUCCUGGAGGAGGCCGAUGACGGUGUGUCCGAU